AUGUCACAACAAAGAGUUAAAAGACACAUGCAAACUGCCAUUGAGCCAGCUGCUCCAAUGAACGCUGAUGUUGCUGCUUUACCAUCAGUCGCUAUGAGAAUCAGAAAGGCGGUCAGUGAAGGUUACCAAUUGCCAACUACCGGUGGCCAACAAUUCCAAAGAGUGCCAUUACCAAAUAACAUGAUUACCCCACCAGAAUUGAUUGAUUCAUAUUCCACUAGAACCACUUCUAACCUUGAAGAAUGGGAUAGUUACUACAAGAUCCAAAAUGCUCCUGUUCAAACUAUGCCAGGAACUAACUUCUUGAAGAGAAAAUUCGAAGACGACAAGUCUGUUGAACUUAGUCAAUACCAAGCUAGAUAUGGAGAAUUAAGAUUCAAUGAAGAAUUUUAA